AUGCGCUUCUCACGCUCCCUGAAGUCGUCUUCACAAUCCCUUCCAAGUCCCAAUGGCGAGUACAUUGCAACAAUCCUUCCGGCCAAGCUCAGUGUUCGAGCGACGCGUUCUCUCGAGAUUAUACGUGUCAUAUCCCUUCCUCCAGAACUGGCGGCGUCUGUGAACUGGUUUCUCUGGUCGGCAUCGUCAACUGCAAUCCUUGUGGCCUCUGCCGCCGAGAUUCGAGUCUUCUCGGUAACAAAUCCCCAAUUCUCAGCAACCAUCACCAACCCCACAUCAGGGACUGCGAAGGCUGUCUACGUCAGGUUCGGAGCGACUGACGAUGAAGUGUGCGUAUUUUCUGAUUUUGGGUUGAAAUUAUCUAUCUUCAGUCUUUCAACAUCCAAAUCUGUGGAUAUAAACUCUCCCAAACUCUACAGUCCGGGUGUGGCUGCGAGGGGAAUCUCAUAUCGGCCUGGGACACUCAACAUGGCCCUCCUGACGAGAAGUGGCGGAAAGGACAUAAUUAGCAUCCAUGCCCGGGAUACACAAGAGGUUACGAGAUCGUGGUAUUCUGAUACUGUCGAUGCCCAGGGCCUUAGUUGGAGUCCGGAUGGAAGAUGGAUAGCAGUCUGGGAAUCUGCCUCACAAGGACAUGGGGUAUGGAUAUACACCGCAGAUGGCCAUCUAUAUAAGACUUGGAAAGGGCCCACUCCCGUAAACGAAGAUGAAUCCGAUCCGACGUUAGGAGCUGGUGUAAAACUGUUUGAUUGGAAUGAAAGUGGAUCUCAUCUGGCAGUUGGGGACUACAGCAGAAGGAUCACACUCCUUGCUGCGCCAUCUUUUACAGAGUCCAUGAGUCUGCUUCAUAAUACUGUUAUAAAGCCUGCAGAUGCACAUCAAAUCUGGCAAGAGCAGGCCAUUCCGUCACCAACUGGAUUCGCCCGGAAAUUUACACAAGCAACUCAAACAAUCUCUCCGCCAACAUCUGGCUCAUCUCCCAGUGGCGAUUCGAAUUCGAAAACAGGGACAAACAUCCUGACUUUCGAUAAAUCCGGCACGCUUCUGGCGACUAGAACCGAAAAUAUGCCAACCACAGUGUGGAUAUGGGACAUUGGGACCGGAAUGUUGCGCGCAGUAAUGAUAUUUCACGACCCUAUUGCAAAGGCCACCUGGCAUCCUACCAUUGACGAACUAUUACUAGUCAGAUGUGAGGGAGAAGAGAGCAAAGGUCUUGUCCAUAUUUGGGACCCCUCAUGGGAGAGCCCGAAGAUCAUUGAUUUCGCGUCCCAGCUACCUGGUGGUAAAUUGCUCGGGAAGACAGUAGGUCGGUGGCUGAAUGCCGAGUCCUCAGCUCCUGCGAUCUUCUUUAGCGAUACGCAGGAUUACAUCCUGGCAUCAAUCUCCGGGCCAGAUGAUGGGGACCUACCUUGGCAAGAAGCAGAGACACGAGGCUUCGAUAUAUACGGGCAACAGGAAGAAUCGCCCUUGAACCUCGUGGCAACCGAUGAGAAGAGGCCUAAUGGCAAAGUGACAAUUGAUGCGUUGAUGGAGGAAGACGAUCUGACGAGAAUGAGUAGCGGAAGCGAUGAGGUGGAUGAUACUUUUCGAUUUCGGAAAUUCGUCGAGCCGGCUCGCAAUUCCUAA